AUGGGCAAUUUCUCACUCUUGUGUAACUAUGUAUACCUCCACUUCAGUGGGUACAGGUCAAGGUCAACAGACAUUUUUCUCAGACACCUCAUUGUGGCCAACUCCUUAGUUAUUCUCUCCAGAGGGAUCCCAGAGACCAUGGCAGCUUUUGGGAAGGAACACUUCCUUGAUGAUCUUGGAUGCAAAUUGGUUUUCUAUGUUCAGUGGGUGGGCAGAGGUGUUUCCAUGGACUCCACCUGCCUCUUGAGUGUCUUUCAGGCCAUCACCAUCAGCUCAAGGAGCUCUAUCUGGGCCCAGCUGAAAAUGAAAAUGAAAGACCUAACAUACAUGGAGCCUUCUAUUAUUCUCUGCUGGGUUUUGCACCUGCUGUUAACUGUUAGAAUUCCUGUGCUUAUAACUGAUAAAAGGAACAGAAAAAACUUCUCAAAAACUAUACACUUUCAGUAUUGUUCAUUGAUGCUUCGUGAAAACACCACAGGCACAUUAUUUGCAGCAUUGACAUUAUCCCAUGAUAUUUUGUGUUUAACGUUCAUGAUCUGGGCCAAUGCCUCCAUGGUUCUCAUUCUUUACCGGCACAAGAAGCAGGCCCACUAUAUCCAAAGACAAAACUCAUCUAGGGCUUCUGCAGAGACUAGAGCUUCUCAACGCAUCCUUGCUCUGGUGAGUGCCUUUGUAUUCUUCUACACCCUGUCUUCCACGCUUAAUGCUUGCUUCACUCUUAUUGAUAAAACUUCUUUGUGGCUAGUGGACAGCAUUACCCUAAUCAGUGCUGGUUUCCCUACUGUGAGCCCUUUUAUUCUUAUGAGUCAUGAAUGCUUUCUAUGCAGGCUCACCUGGAAGAAGUGA